GGUAAGCUUAGUCCGCUCUGACUGUCGUUUCGAGCUGUAUCUGAAGGAAUAUUUCAGAAGAAUCUCUUACUAAAUUAACGAAGAAGAAAGAGUGUGUGGGGUCGAAGGAACAGGUUUUAACGAAGAUGGGAGGCAGUCAAAGCAAGAGAAAACUGGUCCCCAACCGCCCUCCGACACGCCCACAGAUCGCCGAGGAAGCGCCGCCCACGAGCACCCGCCUACGCCCCGUCCGCUCCACGCCCAAGGCCUCCGGGAGUGGGCGUGACGGCGGCCCGAAGCCCAAGAUGGUUCCUCCUGACGGGGGGUGGGGGUGGAUGGUGGUCUUCGGGACGGGGUUGACUCUGUUCUUCUUCCCCGCCAUGACUGUGGCCUUUGGCGUUCUGUUCAGCGACCACCUCGCGGAGAUGGGGGCAGGAAAGACCGAAUUCACUAUCAUUGGGAAUUUGCUGAGCAGUGUGUGGAGUUUCGUGGCUCUGCUCAUGGCCCCGUUAACCGAAUUAUUUGGAUAUCGGAGCGUGACGAUCGUCGGUGGCCUGCUUUCCUUCAAAACCAUGCUGCUUUCGGCCUACAGCACCAACCUGACGUCGUUCACUUUCUCUUAUUCUGUUCUUGGGGGUANNGCCGGAUCACUAUCAACCUUCAACGGGUUUGCUAUCAUCCCCCAGUACUUCCAGAAACGAAAAGGUUUAGCCAACGGUAUAGUAGCUUCAUGUUCGGCCAUGGGAAAGAUUGCCAUGGCCCCUUUGCUCCGUCUGUUGCUUGACGUCUACGGGUAUACUUGGGCAUGCCUCAUUGUGGGCGCCCUCUCUCUGCACACCUGUUUUGCUGGCAUGCUGUAUCACCCGCCCGAAUGGCAUUUAGUUCCCCAGAAGGACCAAGACCCAGAGGUCGACGACCCGGUCCCGAUGCGCGGCAGCCUCACAGACGUGGUGAUCUCGGAGAGCGGGAUCGUCGAGGAGCAUCGUCAUCUCCAGCAGCAUCCGCCUCAACGACAGGGCGGGAGGAAAGGCAAUCCUACCCCGGGCGCGAGAUCGAUCGAAGAGCAAGAGGAGGAAGAGGAGAAUGUGCUGUUCGUGAUGCCCGCUACGGCGGCUUCUGCCACGUCCCCUUCGCCAGGCGCGAGGAGGGACGACGAGGUGGUCCUCUUCUCGAGACAGACGUCGAAGGCGGCGACGGCGAAAGGCGUUUCCGAUUCUGGCUUGAUGAGGGUCGACUCGGCGAUGUCCUUGGGAAGUUCGAUUCCCAUGUUGAUACCGAUUGAUAACAAGAUCUAUCAAGAGGCCCAGGACCAAGGGAAGAAGAGCUGCUGUGACGAUUUCGUGGUUGUGAAGGUCUUCACCAUGCUCAAGUAUUCACUCCUCAAGGACCCCUACUUCCACCUCGUAGCAUGGCCCAACGCCCUCUGCCUUACUGCCUACAUGAACUCCAUGUACGCGCUGCCGGGCUACGUGAACAGCCUCGGGUAUACACCUUAUCAAAGCGCUUUUGCCAUUUCGGUGUUCAGUGUUAGUGAGGCCGUCCUGAGGCUGGUGAUCGCCUUUCUCUCUGAUAUGAACUGGUUCCCUAUAGAGGCUGCCUAUACCACUGGUUUUAUUUUUGCUUCCUUGAGCACUGGUUUGCUGCCCCUAAUCCCCUCCUACGAGUGGAUCCUGACCUGCCAGGUGGUGAACGGGCUGGCCAUGAGCCUCGCCAGCGUCCUGUUCAUCCACGUGGCCCUCAAAUAUCACCCGGUGGAGAACUACGCCCAGGUCAUCGGCUUCUGUUCCAUCCUGAAUGGGAUUCUGCUGUUUUUCCUUGGGUCGGUUGUUGGAUUCGUAGCUGACACCCUAGGACAUAAUGGGGCUUACUACCUCAUUGGGUCAAUCGCAGCCGUUGCAGCGAGCAUAUGGGUUGUAAGACUUGCUUGUACAGUUAGAAAACAUUAUAAAAAGGUUCCUGCACCUGCUCAGUAAUAUUUGUUAUCUUUUCGAAUAAAUUAAGGUGUAUAUAUAUA